AUCCGAAUUGCAAAAUUAUUGCCUUUUCCUGUCACAAAGAAAAAAUCUUUCUUGGAGGGGUCCUUACUUCUCACUGUCCCUUGUCUCUCCUGCUCAAGCCACAAACAUACAUCAUCUGAAGAAGACAAAGCAUAACAAGCUUCAAGAAAAAAAGAUGGCAUUUCUAAGAGUAGUGGUUUUGUUAUGGGCUGAUAUGUUGGCAGCAUAUGUAAUGUGGAUAAUGCCAACAUACUUGACAAAUGUUUGGAAACUGGGAUUUACUCGUGCUGCUGGAAUCAUGAACGUAGCCAAUGGCCUCGCUAAAGUUUUACCCCUCGUCUUUUUCUUGAUUGUGGACUGUGGCCUUGGUAACUACUGGAUGCUGCUUCUCUCAAGCGUAUCCUAUGCAAUUGGUUUGGGAUUUUUGUCUAUGUCAACACCACCAGUUCUAGCCAAGGAAACUGGGAGCUGUAAACACUACAAGCCUGAAUGCAUUGGUCACACGCAAAAGGCCCUUUUCUAUACAGCUUUAGCAUUGAUUGCUGUUGGAAUAAGCGGACACAUUGUAUCACUAGUUGCACUCUUUGUUGAUCAGUUUGAAAAGAAGAAAGCUGAUGUUAAAUUUGAGAAACCAAGACAUCAGUCCAAGCCAUUUGUAUUGCAUCAGAUUAGAAGGAAACGAGGUGGAGCUACAAGUGAUGGACCAAAUUACCCAUUCCCACCACCAAAAGUCCCAAACAAUCCGAAUGCAAAGAAGCAGGGUGAUGAUGCUGAAGAUGAUAUGUUGUCACAGCUUCAAUUUCAACCAGUAGAAGCAAUGCUGGCUCUUGUGAACAGAGAAAAAGUAAAAGUAUUCCGAGCUUGUCUUGUGAUCCUCUUCCCUGUUAUUGGACUAAUUGCUCUUCCAUACAUAAGACCAUGGUCACUUCGGUUUGGAAUUCCAGCAAUUUGUACCUUGGUAGCAACAAUGGCAUUCUUGUUGGGCUCAUACAAUGACAACAAACCGAAAGGAAGUCCAGUAACAAAUGUACUCAGAGUUCUUGUGGCCUCUACUCUGAAAAUGUUUCACAAACUUCCAACUGACAGUUCCAAACUUUAUGAAAAAAACGAGCAUGAUGAUAAAAAAUUGAGUCAUACUGAAGGACUCAGGUUCUUGGACAAGGCUGCCAUCAAAGAAGAACCAGUGACAAACAAGUGGAGAGUCUGCACAGUUACAGAAGUAGAAGAAACAAAAAUCAUUGUUAACAUGCUUCCAAUUUGGAUCACCUUCAUAAUUUGUGGUGUCGUAACUUCUAUAGGAAGCACCUACUUCGUGGAGCAAGGAAACCACAUGAAUUUCAAGGUUGGAAAAUUGAAGUUUCCUAAUUCCAUCCUUCUGGUCCUAUAUGAACUAACCAAGUCACGAUCCAAAACAAUGUACACCUUCAUUGCAAGCCACUUAGGAGCAGCAGGACUAAAGAGGUAUGCACCCCCAGUUGGCAUUGCAUUUGCUACACUAUUUUCAGUACUAUGCUGCAUAGUUGCUGCCUUAGUUGAAACUCGAAGGUUACAUGUGCUCAGAGAUCAUGGAUUACUUGACAAACCAGAUGAGAAAAUUCCCAUGACUGUGUUUUGGCUACUUCCACAAUACAUUCUUCUUGCUGUCCUUGACUCAUUUUAUGAAAACAGUGCUGCUCCUUUCUUGAGUGAUCAGAGUCCUCCGUCAAUGAAAAAGUACCUCGUCUACUUCAACCCUGGAUUAUCUGGGCUGGGAAUCACGGGAAGUGUUUUAUCAGUAUUCUUAGUUGGUAGAAUUAGUGAACGAAGAGGAAAAGAGAAUUGGUUUCAAUAUACCUUAAACAAGAGUCGCUUGGAUCGCUAUUACUGGGUCCUUGCUGUCCUAAGUGCUGCAAAUUUCUUCUGGUUUCUUGUGGCAGCAUUAAGGUACCCUUACAGGGAACCUACUUCAAAUGAUAAGCAAGAGAAUGGAAACGAAGAAGGUAAUGCCAUGGAAGCUGUAGAAGGUGUUAUUCCUAAUAUAGAGUAAAUUGAACACACUCGCGGGCAAGAAAGAGUUACAUAUAGAGAGGAUUAAGUUUCCACCGGUGCUUGAGAAUUCUUCUAUGUUGUCAUUAAACUAGUUAAUUAUAAUACAUUUGUGUAAAAAAUAUGCAAUCUUGGAAUUUAAAUGAGUUAACUUGUUUCCUUAUAGGAGAGUCAUCUGAUCAUUUCCCCGUAGAGUGUUGUCCUGUUAAUCUUGUAAAAUGGGAAUCACCAAGACAAUGAAGUUUUUUUUUUACA